CGCAAAGAGGUAAUACUAUCGUUGUUAUUUGGUCUUCUCGUCACUUAUGUUCUUAUAACGUCUACUGCUAUUGAUAAGAAAAUAUAUAAAGCUUUAGGACAUUCCAAAAAGGUAAUUGUAAGUUCUGAAUGUCAUCGUACAAGUCUAUCAGAAGAUAAUGAGGAUGGCAGACAGAAAUCUCUCGAAGAUGAGGAUGAUGAAAUUUUGUGUAAACCACAUCGACCAAGCCCAAAGUCGUGCCAGGCUGCGAACAGUUUCUUUGGAAGUCCCAGCGACACAAUCACGCGAAGAAGCUGCUCUCCAGUUCCGACAUCUGAUAUCUGCUGGUACACAGAGUCUAAUCAACCAGCACUCGUUUGUUCGUUAGAUUUCUGCGAGGAUAGCAGAAUAUACAUGGCUAGAAUUGACCCAGAUUAUGGGGUUAUCAGAAAGUGGGAAGCAAUCACUCCAUUUAGCACAGCAAAGGCUUUAGAAUUCGUAACGAAUAGCCGAAAUCAAGGGGACACCUUUUGUUACAUCAAAUGUGCAGGAUUCGUGAGAGUCAUAAUUUUGCCGCCUAAAAUCCUCGUGAACACUAAUCGCGUCGACUCAACGAAGAAAGUCAACGUUAAUAUCAUAGUCCUAGAUUCGAUUUCUCGGCCUCAUUUUUACCGAGUGAUGAGGAAGUCUGUCAAAGCCUUGCGUGACAUUCACCAGAAUUCCACGAUACCUGCCAGCGCUUUGGACUUUGAACUUUUUCAAAGUAUUAGUAUGCACACGUUCGAGAAUAUUCGACCGUUGUUUUCUGGAAUUAUAAAAGCCAAUGAUGACUUCCUCAGCAAGUCGGCCGCAGCGCAAGAGCCACUUGGCAUUGAUGUCCUUUUUAAACACUUCAAAGAAUACGGCUACCAAACCAUGUUCCAAGAAGAUCUCUGUUGGUAUGAUGAAUGGGGGAUUAUGUUGGACAACUUGGAGAGAAAAAAGGACUCCAAGCCUUCUAUAAAAAAAUGGAACAAGUUUAACAAAGUCAUCAGCAAACACCAUCUGGAUCAUAUUGGAAUAACUCACUUCUCCUGCGAAGUCUUCAGAGAGUACGGAUACUCCAAUCACUACGACAGGCCUUCAACUGUCUGCUUCAACGGUCGAUUCUUCAGCUCGUACUUCCUACACUACUUACGUGCCAUUAGGGAAGGUUUGAGGAAUGUGGAGGACGCUGCUCCAAUGAUCAUGUAUCAUCACUUUAAUACGCCACACACGGAGACUGGUUUGAGGGUGCGAAGCAUGGACGAAGAGCUCUCAAAAUUCAUUCGCUUCGCUGCCGGAGACCCGUACACAUGGACUAUUUUAUUAUCCGACCACGGCCAUACACGAACAACUUAUGGCCUAACUGAUGAGGGAUUACACGAGCGAUACAAUCCUUUGUCGUUCAUGAUAAUACCGCACAAAACUGCCCAACUAAUGGGCAAAGACAGGUUUGAAAACUUGAAGAAAAAUCAGAACAGACUGCUUACUACCUUGGACAUUCAUGGUGCUCUUAUGACACUAAAUGACGCGAAGAAACCGUCCAAUGAUUCCCGAGUGUCUGGCGUGUUCGCAAAAAUAUCAUCGAAUCGAACAUGUAGCGAGCUACCAUUGAUGCCUCUUGCGAGGUGCCAAUGCGAGGGAGCUGAAGAAAAGCUAAUGGACAACUCCCCGAAUGUGCUUUGGAUGGCAGAGCUUGCUUUGGGGACUUUGAAUAAUGUUAUACAACAACAGUAUUCUGAAGAUUCCGAAUCAAAGUCCAAGGGGCCUCAAGGUUUUGGUAAAUGUGUCCGUUUUGUUGGUAAAUCCUUUACUAAAAUAGUACAACGUAACUCAGGGUUGUUAACGACUUUUGAUCUCCACAUUGAUUCAAGUUCUGUUGGGUUGAAAGAUGACGAGGUAUUUCGUGUUGCGGUAGAGCUAACGGGUCUUAAACCUUCACUUAAGUUUUUCGACCGUCAGACACUUUAUAACAAAUUCAAAGGCUGCGCGGACGAUGCGGUAGAGCUGAAACUAUGCAUGUGCGACCGAACAAAGACGUCGAGCUAUAAACCAGGCCCUCUUAAGACGGCAGAAAUGAAGAAAUUGAUAUCUUCACGAAUGUUUGGUUCCAAGACUGUAGUAAAAGACCUUUACGAAGGAUGCCUUUUUCAAAUCAUAAGAACUAGCAAAGUCAGCGUGGCUUAUGAAGUAGCCAAUUCUUGUAUUGGCAAGACUUUCUCUGUCAAAGCUGAAGGAGAGUCUUACUAUUUUUUGAUGUCCAGAGAGUUGCCUAUGGAAUUUUUAGUCAAGCCGAACACUGUACACUUUAUGUUUUCUAGCACCAGACAAAUAUUGAAUCAUAGCCAUCUAGAUAUUAAGAUUAAAGUAGCUAAAAUGUAGCUUGGGUACGUUUUAUUAUUGAUUUGACAAUGAACUAAUCUUAUCAAGUAUUAUGAGUAUUAGAUUAGUAGAACAGAAAAAUAAUUACUAUUGGAAAGAGCAUGUUAAAAUAUAUAAUAAAACUCUGGAUUUGUUUGAAUGAAAGUAUAUAAGUUGCAAAAUCUCAAAAUCAAUCCUAACUAGUUCAAACGAGUUAGAGCUGUGCUUCGGGGUCAUACGCGGACUGUAUAGCGGCUGGCAGAGGCGCCGCCUUCACAGGCUUCAGUUCGACCCGGUUGAGUUUGUUUUUCAACAUGCUCUUUCCAGCUAUGGUAAUUAUAUUUUUAAAACUGUACCUAAUAGUAGCUUCUGUGCAUUGCGCAGUCUCGUACCAAGAGCCUGCGUUUCUUCUGGUUUGCGGCGAAGAACGAGGGCAGCCCGUAUAGCCCUUCAAUGGUCAUAAAUGUAAAGCGCAUUGAGAUGAUUUGAAAUGCGCUAUAUAAUGAUAAUAAUAAUGAUAAUAAUAAUAAUAAUAAUAAUGAUGACGAUGAUGAUAAGAAUGAUGAGGAUAAUAAUUAUAAUAAUGAUAACAAUAAUAAAAUAAUUAAGGCAUUCUACACGUUUGAAUAGACAUUUGUUAGUGACACACUAGGGAUAUAGCCUAGAACUAUAAAAGUUCCGCUUUAUUCUCGUAAAGUAUUACGCAUACUGAAAGUUUAAAUAAAAGAAGAUAAUAAUAAUAACUUUAUUUAUUCUGAUAAAAAUCGAUCUGGACAUAAGAACAGCUGGUAUAUACCGCUGAUCAGCAAAUUUCAUUUAAUUUGUAUUUGCUUUUUGUAAAAAAACGGUAUAGAGGCUUCGCACGAUCACGUGAUAGCAGCCAUGACAGGAGGCUGCCAUAAGGCUCUGUAAUCAAAUAAAUAUAGCUUACUAAACACAUUAUUCGAAAUAGAAGAAUAAAAUAAAAAUAGAUAAAAUUGAAUAAAGGUAGUGUAAGCAGGCCCCACUUGUUUGGUUUAACAAUAUAUUUUUUAUUAACGAUUUUACUGAUACUGAUAAUCUUAGUACAUCUAUAAUCCUAGUAAUCCUUUAAUACGCUAAACAAAACUAAGAUAACGGAUAUUUAUAAUUUUCGUUUUCACUUGUUUUCAUUUUCUACAUGACCAACAUCCUUAUAAGACUGUCAAUAGCCCAAGGUACCGCAACAGCGCGUUCGUUAAUCACAACAGUACUCAUUCAACAUUCGACAAAACAUAGAAAAAAACAAGUGAGCUAUUUAAUUACACAGCUCAAAAUUUUGAUGAAAUUCUUUUGACAAACAUAUAAUAUUCUUACUCUGACUUGAGUGAACUUUUUAUCGCACUAACAAUGCUUUUCUGUUUGCGUUUUUAGAUUGCAAAUUGAAUUCUCAAUUCAAAUUCACCCAUGCCAAUGGCAUUGAUAACGACGAACGUGAAACUUCAUGUUCGUGCUUAAGUUUCAUGUUUUCGAAUUCAUUUGAGAUUGAAAAAUUAUCAUUUUGAAAUAAAGUAAAAUGUGUUGACUCAAUUGUUACGGUCUGUAGAGCUUUAGAGGUAGCUCGUUAUCCAACCAACGAACUCCUAACUCAGUGAAUUUUAUUAAAAAUCUAAAUUGGACCCACA